AAGAUAGGCCAAUCAUUUGGUAUAGUUGUUUCUUCUCAUUAUUGUUAUAGUAAGAAUUUGAGUUGAGAAGAUGAGUAUGUCAUUUUCCUUGGCACCAAAACCUUAUUCUUCCUCCAUCACUUGUUGUAGGAGAUUUGGUGGUAUAAGGUCAGAAGUUGUGGCAGUUAUGGUGGCUCCAAAACAAAGAAGAAGAGAAUUAUUAGCAGAAAGUAGUGGUACGGUAAUAAUGUUUCCUCAUAAUUUGUCAAAACAGGGUGUUCCUCUUGCUGAUUUGCAUGUGGACGAGGUUGUUGAGUGGCAGUGUCAAAAUGGUAAUUUUGCCACCACUACUAAGCCGCGGUUUGAGCCUUGUUUUCUGAAGGAUGGAUAUGAAAUGUGUAGGAAGAUUUGUAAGGAAUAUGCUAAGACCUUCUAUCUAGGAACUUUGCUUAUGACACAAGAAAGACAAAAAGCUAUAUGGGCAAUUUACGUUUGGUGCAGGAGGACGGAUGAAUUGGUUGAUGGUCCGAAUGCAGAUUACAUGAAGAGCUGUGGUGUUCUUGAUAGAUGGGAAGAGAGAUUGCAUGAUAUUUUCAAUGGAAGACCCUAUGAUUUGCUUGAUGCUGCUCUCACUGAUACAAUCUCCAACUUUCCCUUGGAUAUUAAGCCUUUCAGGGACAUGAUAGAAGGUAUGAGAAUGGAUACAAAGAAAACAAGAUACAAAAACUUCCAAGAAUUAUAUCUGUACUGCUACUAUGUGGCUGGAACUGUUGGAUUAAUGAGUGUUCCAAUAAUGGGUAUUGCACCCGAAUCUAUCAUCCCUCCUCAAAGUGUAUAUGAUUCAGCACUCUCUCUUGGGAUUGGAAAUCAGUUAACAAACAUUCUUAGGGAUGUGGGUGAAGAUGCAAUAAGAGGUAGAGUGUACCUUCCACAAGAUGAAUUGGCGCAGUUUGGAUUGUGUGAAGAAGAUAUAUUCAGAAGAAAGGUAAGUGAAAGUUGGAGAGAGUUCAUGAAAGAGCAGAUUAUGAGAGCAAGAUUUUACUUCAAUUUGUCCGAACAAGGAGCUUCUCAGCUUCAUAAGGCAAGCCGUUGGCCGGUUUGGUCCUCAUUAAUAUUAUACCGUAAGAUUUUGGAUGCAAUUGAAGACAACGAUUACGACAAUCUGACGAAACGAGCUUACGUUGGACGAACCAAGAAGUUUCUGAUGUUGCCUCUUGCUUACAAACGAUCUCUCUCAAGUCCCAAUACCAAUUUGAUCCCUCGUUACCAAGGCUAAUAUUGCAAUUCUAUUAGUUGUGAAAAUAAAAAAAAAAAAUUUGAUACUGCAAUAGCAACACCAAAUUUGUACAAAAAAAAGGAAGGAAAAAAAAAACAAGAGGACCAGCAAAUUGCAUUGGCUUCCUUGUACAGAUCGUAGGUAUAUGUAUGUGUGUUUUUUCCCUAUUUUUCUAAUAAAUCUGAAAUAAAUAAACCUGUUAUUGGAAAAAAUCACUAAUAGUAAAAUAGCUCCCGCAUAAUUAUCUGACAUAACUUUACUAAUUAAGUAAUAUAUAUUACAGAAAAUAUUUUACAUAUGAUAUAUUGCAUACUAAAUAUCUAUUCCCUUAUUACUAGAAGUCUAGAAUGUCUUAUUGCAUUCUAUAUAUAACUAUGAGCUCACCUCUACUACAAUGUACCAACUUUUGUGGGAAGAACAAAUAAAGAAACAAGUUUUACUUUAUUUGUUUAAGGUAUGGAAGAAGCUUAUGUGUUAUGGGAUGUUUCUUGCGAUCACACUCAACACUGUGCAUCAGAUUGAAGCAAGAUUGGGAAAGGAAGAUUAUGCAUGUCUAAGGCUUUCAAGUUUCAAUCUAGCUUAUUACUAGCAAAGCAAGCUAGGCUGGUGAAUGAUGAAAAAUUUGUAUGAAAUAAUAGUAUAAUACUCAAUUAUGUCACAGAAUUUGCA